CCUCUGUGUGACACGCUAACCGCAUUCGCUGCAAUUCGAACACUAUAAAUUGCUGCGAACAGAAACAGUGCGAAGCGAACGCACGUCAUUCAUGCGCAAACUCGCGAGCACAUAUGACACGUUUUCUCGCUCGCGGCGGAGUAGCCGCGAGCUGUCCUGGGAUUUAAAUGCAUGUCAGUAGUAAUAAUCGCGUGAAACGUAACGCGCGAGUGGGCGUGAGUGAUCCGCUGUCACGUAUGAGGUCCCGCAAACGACGAAAGUCACACAGCAAUGUGAGUACGGGAACCCGUAACGGAUGUCGAUGUGAACUAGCUGAUGUGAACGGAUAUCUCCGGUUCGGGAAAGAAUAUCCCAUGACUUCCACCGUAGCUUUGAGAUUAUUGGGACAUCGCUCUCUACGAUCUUUCCGUCGCGAUCCGGAUCUCGAAGUCGUUCCUCUCUAAGAAAAUAAGGAGACAAGACACGUUCGGCCGGUGGGCGGAUUGAAUCGCUUUUAUCCGGAAACAUCAUUCCCUAACGAUAAUGACUCAUUGUACAGCGACUUGCAAGAUCCCACAUGUUAAUUUUAGUCGCAGAUUUUAUUCUAGUAAAUCGGAAGAUUUGAAAAUUAUGUUUUCUUUAGUUUAAUACUUCAUUUUCCUUCACAGAUGCUGCUAUGUUGAAGAGGACCACAAAGUUAACAAAUUUUGCCACAGAUAAUGUAAUGUUAUGAUAAUAUUUGUAUCUUUUCAAUAUAUUCUUGUACUGUCAAGAUGCACUUUUCCAUACCAGAUACUCAGGAAUUUAUAGAUAGUGCUGGGAACACGUAUAUCGGAUAUAAUAUUCAUAUCAAUGGAUUAUUUCAUUGUACUGCAAGAUACAAACAACUAUACAAUCUGCACGUACAAUUGUCAAAAGACCUAGACAUGUUGUUACCUAUAUUUCCUCCAAAGAAAUUCUUUCCUUUGACUGCUACACAGCAAGAAGAACGGCGGCUGGCUUUAGAGAAAUAUAUUCAGUCCAUUGGGCAAAAUAUAGCCAUCAAUAACUCGGAAAUAUUAAAUGGAUUUUUAUUGAGUGCUCAACAAGAAAGUGUAAAUGGCCUGUCCGAGCAAGAAAUUUUAGAUAUAUUUCUUAUGAGUGGAUCUAAAAUUUCAUUAAAUAUUUCGCCAGAAGAGCAUUCUGGUAAAGUUUUAAAGAGGGUAUACAAACAUAUAAAGUUAGCAGAAAAAUAUCAUUUUCAUUUUGCAUUGUUUAUUAUUACACAAGACGAGUCAUCCGGUAGUAUCAAAAUACUGCGAAAACUACAAAAUUUUGAAUCACCAUUUAUAACGUACAAAUAUAUGAGUUCUACGAAUACGCGAAUUGUUCUCAGAAAAAAUUAUUGGGAUACAGCAUAUGAUGUUGAGUUAUUGAACGAUCCGGUAACAUUAAAUUUACUAUACAUUCAAGCGGCUGUGGAAAUUCGCAGCAGUUGGAUUCCAAUUACGAAGGAGGUACAGCAUCAAUUGGAAAAUCUGCAAAAAUCUGAGAGUAAAAAAGAGUACCUGAAUGUAGUCCGUCUCUUGAAGUACUAUGGCUACAUACAAUUUGCACCAUGUUACUGUGAUUAUCCCGAACGUAGCUCGAAAGUAUUGCUUGCUAUAGGUGAAAAUGAAUUGAAUUUACGUGUAUUAUCGUCUGAAGAGCAUGAAAUUGCGUUUAAAGUAUCACGAAUGCGAUGCUGGCGUAUAACUACUAUACAAAAUGGAACGGAGCAUUAUAAAGAUAAUAACGAGUGCAAUUUGGAAUUAUCCUUCGAAUAUCUGAUUGCUAGAAAUGAAUUGCAAUGGAUUACAAUUGUGUCCGAACAAGCGAUUUUAAUGUCUGUUUGUCUACAAGCUAUGAUUGAUGAGUUGUUGCAGAAAUGUGUAGUUGGGAGUAAAACUCAGACAGAGUCUGGAAAAUCGUGGACGUAUAUUAUGAGGGACGGCCAAAGUCGUACCAUCACAGGAUCGCCGUUGCAAGAAUGUGUGAAUAAUAAUCAUUCUAAAUCGGGACCAAUUAUAAAAAAACUUGCUAACAAAUGGUCGGCUGUGACAUCAAAAAAAUCAGAUGAUUCACGAAGUGUUAUUGACAAAACUCAAACAACUGAUCUUGAUGUCAUGGAAAACAAUGUUUUUCAUAUGAUAGGAGAUGACGAUUUAUGAGCCAAAUAAAUUUUAAAGAUUGACGUGAAAGCAGUAAUAAAAAGUAACAGGA